UAAAUUAUACACUCGAGCAGUAUAAUUUUAAGUUUUUAAAGUUUGAAAUUUUAUAAAAUAACCUCUCACGGGUAGAAUAGUGCAUGUAUCUAUGUGUACGUGCUUGUGCAUGUAUUAAACUUAAUAAUUAGGACACGCUCAAAAUCAAUAACGACAAAACAAUUUUUGGCAUCUAAGGAAAAUAGAGGUGUAAUAUAUGUGAAUUUGUGAAAAGACUACGGUAACGGAUUUACAUUAGCUGCCAGCUUUGUUGUAAUUUUCACCUGGUUAAGAUAUCUGUUCGACGAUUCUGAAAAGGAUUACUGUAACUGUUUUUCAUUAUCUACCUUUGUUUAAAAUUUCACCACGAGACCUACGUACAUCUUUAUCAACAAUCUUUAUAAAGUGCUUAUGUGAUUAUGUGAUACUCGUGCACUACACUUCAUUUGACUUGACCAAACCAAGUCAUCCAGUUGUAUUAUACAUUAUACUAGUGCAAAAUGUCUUGUUUAACAAAACUGAACAUUGAUUGUGGCUUGUUGAGUACAUUAGAUACGAACAUUCAAUUCUGCUUGGUAACGGUGUUUUUAUUUGUUUUUUUGUAGGUAGAAGAUGGGUAAAUUUCAUGAGAAUUGGGAUGGUUUCAUCCCUCUAAGAGAUUUGAAUAAUAAAAUCUGCGGUGCUGAGUGCCAAGGAUGUAAGAGGAGAUUGGUUAAAAGAGACUCGGACACUCUUCUUAAUCACAAGAAGUACUGUAAGCGGACAAAAAAUGUGGAAGCCUUGCAAACACGUGAUCUAAAUGUUCAAUCAAGUGAUUCAAAUGCAUUGCUGCCACGUUCAGAACCUGUAGAUGAUUCACAAGAAGUUGAAACAUCUAAUGUAAGAUUAUUAUAAACUUAAUAUUUAUUAAUCUCGUUAGGAUGAAGUUACUGCGAACAAGUCAUUGGAUUCAUCUAUGUCAUCGAUACAUGAGUCUGAGCCGUCUGAGAAUUCGACAGUUUCGAUAAGCCUUUCUCCUAGAAUUUCUUCAAAGAAGUGCAAACAUAAUGAUGAAAUAAAUAUCCUCCUUAUGAAAUUUUUUCUUUCUGCUGGGUUAGAAUUCGAAAAAAUUUCAUCUCCUUUUCUAACCGAGGCAUUCAAACUUGUAGCAGUCGAUUUACCAUCACAGGAUGAAUUUAAAUCCACAAUUUUAAAAAAUAACAUCAGACGAAUUAUGUAAGAGCAAUAGCUCUUAUGAUUAUUUAAAUAUGAUGAGUGUUCAAACGUCUGAAAAUGAAACGUCGUUUAUUGCCGUAAGUUUAGCUUUAAAUUCACAGAAACAAUACGUUUACAUAGACUCUAUCAUUAUUAACAAACAGACAGUUGAAAAUGAUGGAAUUGAUUUAAAAGAGCAUCUAGAAUCAUUCUGCGAUAAAUCUGUUAAAAAGGUCAAAGAUCUUUACAAGACCGUUAUUGAAUACGUAACUUAUGACUCUUCUGUUAAACUAAAUUUAAGCAGUGAAGUAGAUGGUAAACGUUAUCAUAGAAUAGUUUGUUACUCUGUUUUAAUACAUCACUUAAGAAAACCACGAAUGCGUAUUCUAUUCAAGAAUACGGAUGAAUUGAAUGGAUAUAAGGAGUUUUAUAACACUAUAGAUAAUUUAGAAAGAAAAUUUAGUAAUGCCGAUUGUUCAUUGGGAGAAGCCACAGAAGAUUUGUUAUGUUCCAUCAAUAAUGAAAAGGUUCCAUUGUGUGAGAGUAUUACGCAAACAAUAUUUCAAUUUAUAAGCAAUGUUGCGUUAGCCGCUAAUUUUUUAAAUCAUAAAUAUAGAGGACAUCACUUUAUGCAUUUAAGCUCUUCACAUAAUAUGAUGAUGCAAUUUUUCGAACAAGCUUUAGCCAAUGAGGCAUUUGAAAUUCUGGGAGAUUAUUUAGAUAAAGGUGAAUUCAAGCGUCUAUUUGAAAAAAAUUCGACUACCAGUCCUGAAAGGUUUUGGCACGUAGCCAAAGUUUACUGUAAAAAAGAAUUACCUAAUUUUGCCUUGAAUAUUUUAAAUAUCGUAGCUAUACCAAGAAAAAUCAACAUGAAUAAGCUUUUAAAAUUAAGAUCUGAUUUAGUUGAUAAUGCGUCUGAAGAUCGUAAGCAAUAUGUAAUGUUACAGAUUUCACUUAUGAUAAAUGAAAGGUAAUUAACUUACCUUAGCUUCUAUUUUAAUUUAAGUUAGUUUGCAAUUUAACGUAAAACAGAGAUCAA